GUUUGUCAUUUUAUCAGCUGAUUGAUAAGCCCCUUUUGUUUACAACUUUUUACAAUCUGGAAACGCGUUUCAGUGGCUGAUCAGUGCUUCGAAUUGUGCCAGUAACGAAAAUAUUCCUAAACUUUCGCUCCACUCGAUGAACAUCGAUGGAAGUUAAUCCUCUCAGCAUAAUUUUGGUGAAAUCGGACAGCAAAGGGGACCGCCUGUUGUUUCGGUAUCCAUACAAUGUGCUUCAGCAGUUUCAGACUAGUGUGACUCCGGUCCGGAAAACGCCCUACUCGAUCGUAAGCAACGCGGAUGACAUUCUCCAGAAUACACACCCGACAGUGUCGAACAUCUGUUUCGACCAACUCUACGGGAUAUCGGAUGAUGUUCUUGCCACGUUGUUUGCCGUCAAAUCUGAAUUGUGCAAUCAAAAAUUUGAACUCAAAGUAAACGACGUGCGGUUUGUGUCCCACCCGACGCUGGUGAAGCUUGAUGGUGAGGAUCAGAAAAGUUCUUCCUACUUCCGGAUCAAUGUAGUUUUCGCAUUGCACGCUCAAGCCAGUUAUUCCAUCGUUAAGUGCUACUAUGAGCUGAGCAAGAGGAUAGGCGUGGCUUUGUUGUACGAGGAGAAGCGAGCGGGAUAUCUUUUAAAUGAAAUGAAGAUGAUGGUUGGUUGUAUGGAUGAAGUGGCUGCCGCAGCACAAGAACACGACCACGCUACAAGUGCACCAUGCGCAAGUGUUUUCGAUACAAUUUUAAAGGAUAGUACCUUAGCGCAGUUCAUCAAGACUAUCUACCAAGAUCUGAGCACGACCGGACUGUUGAAUGUGACGAUGAAUCAGUCGGUUACGCUGAGUUUCUGUUUGCCACAAAAGGCACAUCAGUUCCACAAAAAAGGAGUGGUGAUCGAACCGGAAACCAUUGAUCGUUGUUUGCAUGCCCUGAAACCUUACCAUGGUAUGCUACUGCUGGUGGAUCCUUCCGAAUUGUUGGACUGUGUUCCUCCUUCUGGUGCGCGUAUGCUUCUGCAGUUGAUUGAGGCAUAUAAUCCUCUGAAAAGCCUGCAAAAUAUGGCAUCGGAUGCCGAUUUGAUGAUCGACCACGUUUAUCAGUUGGUAGGUCAUUUGGUUUACUGGGCCAAGGCCACUAUCAUCUAUCCUCUUUGCGAGACAAACGUGUACGUGAUAGCACCGGACGCUCAGCUGAACAUCCACUCAAAUCUUGCAGAAAAGUUCUCUACAAAGUUUCCGGGCAUGGGCCUAUUCGAGGUCAUUAGCGACUUUUCGUUACCCACCUCAAUCGGCCAUCUGACGACGCCACUGCAGCAUCCGGCUCGUCAAGGAAGGUUGGCGCAAAUGGUGCUGUGGAUGCUGCAGCAUCAUUUACUGAUGCAGCUGCACACCUAUGUUCAGUUUAUUGCGUCGUAUGAUGAGGAUGAUUGCGGCAUAAUUGAGAACGGGAAUCAUAUGGACGUUUUGAAAGAAACUACUGACGGAAGGCGGCAGAUCCUCAAUAAUAUUGGAUGCUGUUCGCUUCCGGCUACAUCUAGUCAACCGCUUGCCGUUCCGGCAAAUCGUAAACAUUCCCUAUCGGAAGAUUUGUUUCCGGAUAGUUUAACGCUGGCAACGUCGCAGACGCGUCCCUCGUCAGCGAGUCACCGGUCCAACAUCAGCCAUUCAAGCGUCGGACAGACUGCAUCCAGCACGGACAAUGACGAAAGCAUAGCCUCGAUGGACGACGACGACAAAAUCAAGAGUUUGCUGUCACCCUUUUCGGAGUGUGAACGGAAAGCAAUAUUGAAAAUUCCGGCCACCUCUAAUCCGGAAGAUCUCUCGUUGAUGGUGCGUCUCUGGCAGGCAGGAUACUUCAAGGGCGAACAUCACCUCGAAGAGAUUAUGUACUUUGAAAAUCUCCGGCGGUCGCAGCUGCUCCAGUUGGUGGACAAGUUUAGAGACAUACUGAUAAUCUACGAAACGGAGGAUCCGGCCAUUGCCAGUUUGUACACUGUGCCCCAGUAGUGUGGUCAACUACUGUUAAUAAAGAGAUUAUACGGCAAAAAAGUUUGUUUCGAAAAAGUAGAGAAACAAGAUCUAGGAGAUGGGCUAGCGACACCAAUUAUUUAUUAGUUGGUAGGGAAGCAGUUGACGAAAGCUCGCCUUCGAGAAUAGGAAAUGUAUCACAUGGUGCCCCACCUUUUUCUUCGCCAAUGAAGAUGGGAUUCAGUAAUUACAGAAUCAAAAAUAUACUUCAUAUUCGACGCUCUGCUCUAAAAUAUAUAGCAUAGACUAUAAUGUUCUCGACAGCCUAUUGCGCUUUGGAACACCUCUUCUAGGAGCCCAGUUCAUAGCAAUUCGUUAGCAAUAGUCAUAACUGAUAUGUAAGUAUUUUUUAAAUCUUUCUGUAAAAACGUGUUUAUGAAUCUCGGGUCUUCAAUGCGUUCGAUAGACAUAUUUAUAUUAUACACCUACCUUUAUGAAAUGGACUAGUUAAUAGGCAAUCUUUCUUUCACAUUUCGAGCCGUUUUUUGGGACGAUUUCGGUACAUCCAGCGUAU